GGGUCAGGUAGGCAAGUAUGCUUCACUCUCAAUUUUUCCUUUCCUGAUAAAUAGCCAACAGCUGCAGAAUGGGAGGAGAAGAAUUACCGGUGACAUCAGAGCUAUUAUAGUAAGAUAAUACAGAAUAAACACUAAUUCACUCGGUACAAAGUCUUUUAUAGCAAACAAGCUGAUUUUCCACUACAGUACUACGUAAUUGGGAAACUAAGCCACUGGAUUGAAGAUAGAAAUGGCAUUUGAUUAUUUCACAUACAAAGGAAUCAGAUUUAUCAAUAAUAUAUAUACAGAGGAGGGUCUCAAUUAUGCAGAAAAUGGAUUUGAAGUUUGGGAUGAUGAUGUCUACAAUGUAACCUACCCCAAAUCAGGUACUAACUGGAUGAUACAGAUCUUGAAUUUAAUAAAGCACAAAGGAGAUGCCACACUUAGCAACAGUGUACCAAUCUACGAGAGAUCACCAUGGUAUGAAACUAUUGCUGCUGAAGCACAGAUCAAGGUCCUUGUGCCUCCUAGAAUAAUUACUUCCCAUCUACCAUUCAACAUGUUCGCAAAAUCUUUUUUCAAGUCUAAAGCUAAAAUUAUCUACACAGUGCGAAAUCCUAAAGAUGUCGUUGUAUCUUUAUUCCAUUUUACCAAGAUUAUCAAAGUGUUUUCAGAUGUUGAACAGUUCCAGGAAGUCUUGGAUGACUUUUUGCAGGGGAAUACUAUGUAUGGCUCUUGGUUUGAACAUGUGAAAGGCUGGAUGCAAAUGAAGGAUGACAGCAGAUUCUUCUUCAUUGCCUAUGAGGAGCUCCUGCAGGACCUUCGAGGCAGUGUGGUGAGAAUCUGUAAAUUCUUGGGGCAGGAGUUAGAUGACGCACAGAUUGACUCGGUUGUAGAACAGUCUGCUUUCAAAGCCAUGAAGGAAAACAAGAUGUCUAAUUGGAGUCUUAUGAACUCAGAUUUUAUGGAUCACUCUAAAGGAUCCAUUUUACGCAAAGGAAUCUCUGGUGAUUGGAAGUAUUUGUUUACCGUAGCCCAGAGCGAGUCUUUUGACAAACUUUAUCAGGAGAAGAUGAAAGACAUCAAUACAACUUUUUAUUGGGAGAAACUAUAAUCGAGUCAUUCUAAAUAAAAUGUGUAUUAACAUUAAAA